GGGUUUGUGCUGUGCGUGCGUGUCUGUGUGCGCGCGAGUGCUGGAGGGGUUGGAGAUCUUUUUAUUGACCUGAUCAACAAGCACACACAAGUGGAUUGGUUACUAAUUGCAGGUGAUGUUAUAGUUUGUUUGUGAUAAGACUCUUGCUUUAAGCACAAAGUCCUGCAAAGUACAUCGAUCCUUCUGCUGCUUUGCCACAUCCUUCCCAUCCGUGACAGGACCGCUGCUGCCUCUCAGGUCCGGUGUGUUUUUCUGCUUCCUUGCAUCAGUUGAGCACACAGCAGCAUCAUGAGCGUAGAGCCCAAAAAAACACGUGCGGCUUCCUGCUCCAACCUUAAGCUCUUCCUGGCCUCUUUGGCACUUGUAUACUUUUCCAAAGCCUUUGGUGGAUCCUAUAUGAAGAGCUCCAUCACCCAGAUUGAGAGGCGCUUUGACAUCCCCAGCUCCCUCAUUGGGGUUAUAGAUGGCAGCUUCGAGAUGGGUAACCUGUUGGUAAUAGCCUUUGUGAGCUACUUUGGUGCAAAGCUCCAUCGUCCCAGGCUCAUUGGUAUCGGCUGUGUGAUCAUGGCUGCUGGAUCUUACCUCAUAGCCCUGCCUCACUUCUUCCAGGGAAUGUACAAGUAUGAGACCAGUGUGUCUCAUGGUACAAAUAUCAACAGCACUGAGAGCAUCCUGCCCUGUAUGUCCAACCACAGCCUGCCUGAGGCAGAUGAGAUGCCUGAUUUAGAGUCCAUAACAGCUUGUGAAAAGGCAGCUGGCUCGUCUUUGUGGAUCUAUGUAUUUUUGGGAAACUUGCUGCGUGGAAUUGGAGAGACUCCCAUCAUGCCUCUGGGUGUGUCCUACCUCGAUGACUUCUCCAGAGAGGAGAACACUCCUUUCUAUUUAGCCUGCAUCCAUACAGUGGGAAUCAUGGGACCUAUGUUUGGGUUCUUGCUCGGGUCCUUCCUUGCCAAGAUCUACGUGGACAUCGGAUCUGUGGAUUUAGACACUGUCACCAUCAACCAUAAGGACUCCCGCUGGGUGGGGGCCUGGUGGCUGGGCUUCAUAGUGACUGGCACUGUAAUCCUGCUGUCCAGUAUCCCAUUCUGGUUCCUGCCCAAGUCUAUGCCCAAGCAGGGGGAAGAGCAGAGCCGGAAUGAAGGCACAGAGCUCGCUACAACGGCAGAGCAGGAGAAUUUCCUGCCAGAUAAAAACCAGAAUCAGGAGGAGAAUCCAGUUACAUUCAAGGAGAUGGCUAAAGAUUUCAUUCCGUCCCUGAGGAGACUCUUCAAGAACAGCAUCUUCACCAUGAUGAUCCUUACGUACCUGGUGUCCGUCAACGGCUUCAUUGGCAUGAUCACCUUCAAGCCAAAGUACAUGGAGCAAGUCUACGGACAAUCUGCCUCCAAGGCCAUUUUCCUCAUAGGUAUACUGAACCUGCCAGCAAUAGCUUUGGGAAUCAUCACCGGAGGUCUAAUACUGAAGCGUUACAAGCUGGGUGUCGUCGGAGCAGCCAGGGUGUCAAUCACUGCCUCCGUCGGGUCCUUAUGUCUGCUUUUCGUUCAGAUCUUCAUCUACUGUGACAAGGCAGAGGUGGCAGGUCUGACUGUGUCAUAUCAAGGGGAUCCUCAAGUGUCCUACAACCAACAGACCUUACUGUCACAGUGCAACAUGGGCUGCUCCUGCUCAGUGAAGCAUUGGGACCCAGUAUGCGGAUACAACGGAGUAACGUAUGCCUCGCCCUGCCUGGCUGGCUGCCAGACCUCCACCGGCAUCGGCAAGAAAAUGAUGUUUCAUAACUGCACCUGUGCCGAAGAGAUGAUGACUCCAGGCAUGAACAUGUCCGCAGUGCUGGGCCAGUGCCCCAGGAGGAGCGAGUGUGAAAACAUAUUCGUAAUCUACAUGGCUUUGUCCGUCUUGGGGUCUUUCAUUUCUGCCUGUGGGGGCACGCCGGGAUACAUCGUACUGCUCAGGUCCAUACAGCAAGACCUGAAGUCGCUGGCUCUGGGUAUGCAGACACUGAUAGUGAGAAGUUUGGGCGGAAUACCUCCUCCAAUAUAUUUCGGAGCACUGAUUGACCGAACCUGUUUGAAGUGGGGCACCAAGCAUUGUGGAGGCCGCGGAGCAUGCAGACUCUAUGAUGCCGAUAAGUUCAGAAUGACAUUCAUGGGGUUGAUUACGGGACUCUACUGCCUCGCCAACGUGCUCUGGGGAGGCCUCUAUAUCAAACUUGUCAAGAGACAGAAGAAGUUAGCACUGAGGAAUCAGACCAAAGCAAAUGGAGUGGAGGGCGCCACGGUGAGAAAUGGACACGCAAAAAUCAACAUUGCCAGGAGUAAAGAAGACGAAGCCAACGAGAGCACUAUUUAAGGUGUCUGAGGACGGCAACACCAUUGUAUAAUGCAGACGGACGACACAGAUUUUAGAUUGCCAAAGUACUGUGCUGCAUCCAUAGUGGACCAAAUGUGGUAAUGGUACAGUGUCAGCGCUCUUUGGUCUUCAAACAGUACACCUGUUUUCUUUUUCUUUACACAGAUAUCGUGCAGUUUGUUCACUUCAAAAGUCAAAGUUUGUUUCGUUUUAGUAUGAACAACAAUCACGUCAAUCCACAUCUGCACAAAGACGCAUAAACUCAUAAAAGGUCAUUUUUAGCGCUACUUCAAAACAGUCAGGAAAAGAUAAUGGGAAUACAUGCCGUUCACGUAUGAACACACUUCAGUAUGAUGUCAGAGGAAGUGAGCACAAAAUAUGCCAAAUAUUUGGAGAAUGUUUGGCUUUUGAGCUUGUGUCCAUCAUUUAUACUUGAAUAGCAUUAGGUCAGGUCAUGAAAGUCAAGUUCCACAACUCAACAUUCACAAUGAUUUAUGUAUACAGUAAAUGGAUAAUAUAGUAUGGACAGCAUAGUUUUAAAUACUCGUAACAGACAACCAGUGUUCAGCAUCACUUAGUAACAUGACGUAUUGUCCAUUUCAGUGAUUGAAAAUGUUUUCUUUCAUGUUUUUCAAUGAGAAUUUGUGAGAUUAUACAGCCUACAUCAGUGUCUAAAUUCAGGGUGUGUUAGAGUUUAGUUAACAGUUAGCAAGUGUAGUGCUUCAACUUACCCAGUAAAUGAACCAAAUUUAUUACAAGAACAGUGAAUCAGAUCAGGAUUCCUAAAGGGAUAGGCAAAUACUGUAGUUUUAUUUGACUAUAGCUGCUAUAAUUGGGACUGUAACAGAUUUGACUUCCUCAAUAGGGGGCCAUUUUUCAAGAAAAGCCCCCAUACCAAAUUAUGAGAUGGACGGUACCCCCUGUUUGUCUGUGACUGCUGCAGGCUGAUUCAGUGAUUGAAAGCAGCACGGGCUGUCUGAGAAAAGAAGGAGUUGUCUAUGAUAAUAGAGUGGCCAAACCAAUAAUACUUGACAGUACGUCUGUGUCUUCGAGCACCGUAUACAUGCAAAUGCAAACCCGUUGGACGUGGAGACCCAAGCGCAAUGCCAUUUUUGUCAGGUCUAAAAUAUUUUUUGGGGGUAAGUUGCAGCUCUGAACAAACCUGUUGGCUUUGAGGUCAAAUAUGAAUAACUUAGUUCAACACAUUGGCAAAUGCGCUUGCAACCAGCAAAGACUAUGGAAUAAACAAAUGGGAUAUUAUGUGUUAUUUAAUAAGCUUUAGACGAGGUGAUAAGCAGAUUUUGGUCUUCGGACAGAGCCAGACGCAUCCCACUGUUCCCAGUCUUUGUGGUAGGCUACCUUGCUGCUGGUUGUAGCUUCAAAUGUAAGGAGCUGACAUGAGAAUGGCAUCAAUCGUUUCAUCUAGCUAUAUACGUAUUUUUCAAAGUGUGGAACUGUUGCUUUAAAUGACAAAAUCAUAGCAGAGAAACUAGCAGUAGAGGGGCACAGCGACAUUUGACAUGCCUGGAUAUCUCUCUGACUUUACACGCACUUCUUGUUACUUCACAUCACCUACAGCUCACGAACGCUCAUAUAAUCAUCUGACUCACUAAUGUUUAUUGUCUGAGAAAGGUCACUAUAGCUUAGACAGGGGACUAAAAGUCGGUGUAACUCAAACUUGCUUGUUUUACACUUAUUACAAUUAUACAUUGUAGUUGUCAAUGAAAAUGUAUCAUCAGCCUCACGUAGAUGUGUUUUUAUAUUCCAUAUAUGUUGUUUUAUCACAAUUUCUGCAUUAUAUUUUUUAACCCUGAGUCGUAAUUAAUGUUAUUUUUUAACAUGCUCUGCUAAGGCUGAAAGACUUUUUGUCAUUUAUUCAACAAAAGUCUCUCCAGUUUAACUUUUUUGUUGCCCCUCAAUUUACACAGUUACCUGUCUUUUGAGUGUCUUUCAGCCUGUUGUUUUGGCUUUCUGGCCCACAGCUUUACUGUCUUGGUUCAGUCUCACUGCUCUCGUAGCGUAGUUUUGGCCACAGCAGGCAGCUGUUUUCAGUGUAAAGUCCUCACAAACCCUGCAGUACGCCGUGUACCAAAACACAAACAAAUAUCUAGUCGUGCUGUAGCGUGGCUAAACCCCAAGGACAAGUAGCGAACAAAAAAAGAAACCCCAAUGCCUUAAUAUGUCAUCCCCAGAAGAAACAAAGGUAGAAAAUAAAAUAGCUAUAGAUAAGAGCACGAGCUGAGUAAAAGGUACCAAAAACACAAGGGUCAUCAUUAAUCUUAUAAAUGGCAGCAGUCUCCAGUAGAGCCCUUUCAAACUUGACAGACUGGGGAUCAUCUACAAUUUCUCUUAAAAAAAACAAAAAACAAAGGUAGUUUGAACCAUCUCUCUUUUUGCAGUCCUGCAAAAGUGAAAAAGUAAACGAUGACACCACAGGGACAGGAUAUGGACAGACAUGUGCUGCAGAGCCCGGCAGUCCCCCCGGGGGAACCUGUGCACUUUUCACCCAUAUGAUUUCUCCAAGCCUUUCGAAUCAGGGACUUCCUUUUAAAGCACAUGUGCAUCGACAUAUCAGUCUAAAUUGCUGUAGGUUGAAGGUUGUUAUUAAAUAAGCUGGUCUAUCAAACUUUGACUGCUCUGUGUUUACUUUGUCGCUCAGCAAAUGUUCUACCUAUUUUAGAAGAUUAAAGUUUUUUUCUACAGCUAAACGGUGUGUUGUUGUUUUCUUUUGAACCUUCACCAGGUUCUAUGAUAUAUUGUAUUGUUAUAUUGUAACUGUUAUGACCAGUGAUUACAAUAUUGUAUGAUCAUUAUACCUUUAUUAGUAUAUCAAUACUCCAAAAAUGCUUUACUAGAUUUAAAAAGUUGGCAACUUUUCUAUUUUAGCUUUAUUCAUUCAAAAUCCUUAAUCUUAUUCAUCCACUGCAUCUUGUUUUUCCUUAAUGUGUUGUAGCUCAUGAACCUGUGUGCAGCGUCUGGUUUCACCAGCAGGCUGCGCUCUUUACAACAAAAUAUCCUCCUGCACGGUCCUGUA